AUGAAGUCCUGCUGGUUAUUUAUAAUACACAUGCUAUGGCUGAAUGGUCAUCAGUGUGCACCGACAAAGCAGGAGGAAACAAAUCUCCGGGAAAGCCUGAAGAUAUUAUCUGAAGUUGGAGAGAAGUAUGUAGAUGCAGAGGUAAAGAAAGCUUUGACUGGUAUUAAGCAGAUGAAAAUUAUGAUGGAAAGAAAUGAAGAUAAACAUGUAGAUCUGAUGAAAACCCUGAAGAAGAGCAGUGAAGAAAAAAAGGAAGCUCUGCGACUUAUGGAUGAGGUAAAGCAAAGAUUAGAGGAAGAAGAAAAACAUUGUCAAGUAUCCUUGCAAAAUGUAUGGGAUGAAUGUAAAUCCUGUUUAGAAAGUUCCUGCAUGAGAUUUUAUACAACUUGCAGACAUGGUUUAUCAACAUUUAAAAGAAAGGUUGAAGAUUUUUUGAGGAAAAUACCUACACUUAUAUUUACGUUUCAUGAGGAUAAAGGAAAAGACAUCCAGUUUAAUGAAAGGCCUGAGAAAGAGGAUACCCAGCUAGUAAAAAUGGAAGAUUUAUUUAGCCAGCUACUAUCGGACAUGGGCUCAAUAUUUGACAGAAGUUUUGUUUUUUUCAAGCAUAUGCAAAAAGAAUUUGACCAGUCUUUUCAAACAUAUUUCAUGUCUGAUCUGGAUUUAAAUGAGUCCUCCAGCACGUCUGCUUUCCCUGAGGAUACUAACAGAAACGUUGGCGUACAGAAAGACUGGGGUCUACCUGGCUUCUUACAGAUAGUUUUUGAUUUCAGUAAGACAGUCUUCGAAGGUGUCAGUGAGGCAAUUACUGAAGUAUUCGAUGGAUACACAGAUAACAGAAGAGAUUUGGCAGAACAAGUCAAAGAUUCUGACAGAAGUGGCAUGUUCUCGAAAAUUAUAUCUGGGCGUCAAAGAACUUCGUGCAAAGAGCUUCGUGAGAAUUCAUCAGGAUGCCUACAGUUCCAUGAGAAAUGUCAGAAAUGUCAAGACAAUCUUUUGCAUGAUUGCCCAAACGUUCCUGAACUGCACAUCAAGUUUGAUGAAGCCUUUAAGCUGGUUAAUCUCUCGGGUGAGCAGUAUGAGCAGAUUCUCCAGAUGGUUCAGCGUCAUACAGAAGACACUUCCUACUUGUUGAGCAAAAUGAAAGAAAGAUUUGGGUGGGUGUCUGAAUUAUCCAAUAUGACCAUCGGACCAGAAAACAUUUUCAAUAUAGUUAAGGUGGUACCUGGGGAUCUCUCUGGUACAAAUGAAACAGUAGUAGACGUCAACAUUCUGACUUCACCUACUUUCACCAUUAAAGUUCCUGCCGAUUUAGACCCAAAGAGUGCUGAAUUCGUUGAAUACAUAGCUGGGAAAGCAUUGCAACUUUAUAAACAGAAUUUUUAA